GAAGAGGUGGGUGGGGUUUACAGGAAAGAGGGGAAAGAGCACACAGAGCGGUUUCUAUCAGUGCAGGAGCGGCUCACUUGAAGGCAGAAAUCAAUUCCGUCACACAUUGGACUGUGUUUUAUCCGUCUGUUUUCAAGAACACUUUUAAUUUCAUUUUUUAAGAUAUGAAACGAGUUGUACGACAGAGCAAAUUCCGUCACGUCUUUGGCCAGGCGGUGAAGAACGAUCAGUGCUACGAUGACAUCCGUGUUUCAAGGGUCACGUGGGACAGCGCCUUCUGUGCAGUGAACCCCAAGUUUGUUGCCAUUAUUGUGGAGGCCAGUGGGGGUGGAGCUUUCCUUGUUCUUCCUCUUCACAAGACAGGACGCAUUGACAAAUCCUACCCAACAGUAUGUGGGCACACAGGCCCAGUGUUGGACAUUGACUGGUGUCCCCAUAAUGACCAGGUGAUUGCCAGCGGCUCGGAGGACUGCUCUGUGAUGGUCUGGCAGAUUCCUGAGAAUGGCCUCGUCACUCCCCUGUCUGAGCCGGUGGUCGCUCUGGAGGGACACUCGAAGCGUGUCGGCGUCAUCACAUGGCAUCCGACAGCACACAAUGUCUUGCUUAGUGCAGGUUGUGACAACGUAAUAAUCAUCUGGAACGUGGGCACAGGUGAAGCCAUGAUCACCCUGGAGGACAUGCAUCCUGAUGUCAUUUACAACGUUUGCUGGAACCGCAGCGGCAGCCUCAUCUGCACUGCCUGCAAAGAUAAGGGCAUUCGUGUCAUCGACCCCCGCAAGGAGACGAUUAUUGCUGAGAAGGAGAAGGCGCAUGAGGGAGCUCGACCCAUGAGAGCCAUUUUCCUCGCUGACGGUAACAUCCUCACCACUGGUUUCAGUCGUAUGAGUGAGAGACAGGUGGCCCUCUGGAACAUGCAAAACAUGGAGGAGCCGAUGACUGUUAGUGAGAUGGACACCAGUAAUGGAGUCCUCCUGCCCUUCUACGACCCCGACACAAAUGUCGUUUACCUGUGUGGAAAGGGUGACAGCAGCAUUCGCUACUUUGAAAUCACAGAUGAGGCUCCUUAUGUUCACUUCCUGAACACCUUUGCAUCAAAGGAGCCCCAGAGGGGCAUGGGGUUCAUGAGCAAGAGAGGCCUUGAUGUCAAUAAAUGCGAAAUUGCAAGGUUCUACAAGCUGCAUGAAAGGAAGUGUGAGCCUAUAGUGAUGACUGUGCCUCGUAAGUCGGAAAUGUUUCAGGACGACCUGUAUCCAGACACAGCCGGCCCAGACCCCGCACUGGAGGCUGAGGAGUGGUUUGAGGGGAAGAACGGAGACCCCAUCCUCAUCUCCCUUAAGAACGGCUAUGUUCCAGUCAAGAACCGGGAAAUCAAGGUGGUCAAAAAGAACAUUUUGGACUCCAAGGUCACUAAGAAGUCAGAAAACUCAAGUCCUGCCAACAAGUCUGCCUCCUCAACACCUUCAAUUAAAUCUGAAGCGAAAAUGGAUGAGAUAUUGAAAGAAAUCAAGUCCCUCAAAGACCUCAUCAGCAGUCAGGAGAAGCGAAUCAUCAAACUUGAGGAGCAAAUGUCCCAAAUGGCCAUUUAAGGAACCUUUGCCCCGACACACAACAAUUCAGGAUCUUCUAUAGGCUGGGG